CUUCUGGAGGAGGAGACAGUUGGGAACUGAAGGGAGUGAGGAAGUCAGUCGGGUGGCCUGAGCGACGUCCAUCAGCUUGGGAGCUGGUCAGCUGACCAGUUUUUUGCAUGAGCAGAUCCUGGUUCACCUUCAAUGCUAUUAGGAAAAAACCUUGCUGAUGACAGUUGGAUUGGACUCAGGUCUCCCCUGUGCCUGCAGGUGUGUCUCCCUUUCCACAGGGUGUUCUUUUACCUUUCCUCCUCUUUUGGGGAGCGUCGAGGACCUAAAGGUGGGAACUUUUUCAACUUCUUUUUUUUGCCAAAGUGACUUCUACAACCACUGACCUUGUCUGUCAUCUCCACGUGAAUUUGAGACGUAUUUUCUGGGAUUGGGGCAGAGGAUCCCAAAACCAAGAUGAGUGUGAGCAAGGAGGACGUCGCCAAGUUCCUGGAUGGAAACAAAGCCUUUGCCACGAGCUACUUCAACAAGAAGCUCAGCGCUGGGGCCAUCGCCUCGGCCAUGGGUGUGGACGAGUCCAAGGUGGACUUCACCAUGUUCAAGGAGGUGAGCCAGGUGGAGGAGAGUGAGAUCCUGUUUGAUGUCAUCAAGGACAUGCAAGAGAACGUGAACAUGGAGAAGGUGAUAUUCAAGAUCCUGAAAAGGAUCUGCCACCUCACCCAGGCCGACCGCUGCAGUCUCUUCAUGUACCGACAGCGGAACGGCAUUGCUGAGCUCGCCACCCGGCUCUUCAACAUUACCACCGACUCAGAGCUCGAUGACUGCAUUGUCCCGCCCGACUCUGAGAUCGUCUUCCCCCUUGAUAUUGGAAUAGUGGGCAAUGUGGCCCUGACAAAGAAACACAUCAAUGUCAAGAAAGUGUCGGAGAACGCUAACUUCAGCAACUUUGUGGACGAGCUGACUGAAUAUACAACCAGCAGCCUCAUGGCCGUGCCCAUCAUGAACGGCGAAGAUGUGGUGGCUGUCGUCAUGGUCGUCAAUAAAACCACUGGGCCUCAUUUCACUGAUGCAGAUGAGGAUCUUUUUUUAAAGUACAUGAAAGUUGCCUCUUUGAACUUGAAAAUGUUCCACUUGAACUACCUUCACAACUGUGAGACGAGGAAAGGCCAGCUCCUGCUCUGGUCGGCCAACAAGGUGUUUGAAGAGCUCACAGACAUUGAGCGACAGUUUCACAAGGCUUUAUACACAGUGCGUGCAUACCUGAACUGCGACAGAUACUCAGUCGGCUUGCUGGACAUGACCAAAGAAAAAGAGUUCUUUGAUAUCUGGCCUGUGUUGAUGGGAGAGCAGGCCCCUUACGCUGGUCCAGUGACCCCAGAUGGCAGGGAAGUAAUCUUCUACAAAGUCAUUGAUUAUAUCUUGCAUGGAAAAGAAGACAUCAAAGUCAUUCCAUCUCCUCCUGCUGAUCAUUGGGCUUUAUUAAGUGGGAUACCUACUUACGUGGCAGAAACUGGAUUAAUUUGCAACCUCAUGAAUGCACCAGCAGAGGAGAUGUUUCAGUUUCAGAAAGAGCCAUUGGACAGCAGUGGCUGGACUAUAAAGAAUGUCCUCUGCCUGCCAAUCGUCAACAACGAAGAAGAUAUCGUGGGCGUGGCCACUUUCUACAACCGGAAGGAUGGCAAGCCCUUCGAUGAGCAGGAUGAGCAACUCAUGGAGGCCUUGACGCAGUUCCUUGGCUGGUCAGUAAUAAACCCAGACACCUACGACAAGAUGAAUAAACUAGAGAACAAGAAAGACAUUGCCCAAGACAUGGUAAUGUAUCAUGUCAAGUGCCGGAAUGAUGAAAUCCAGAACAUUCUGAAAACAAGAGAAUAUUUUGAUAGGGAACCAGCAGACUGUGACGAGGAUGAAUUUCGGCAGAUCCUGAAAAAAGAGCUCCCGGGCCCAAAGAAGUUCGAAAUCUACGAGUUCCAUUUCUCUGACUCUGAAUGCACAGAGAUGGAUCUUGUGAGGUGUGCGAUUCAAAUGUACUAUGAAGUCGGAGUUGUCAAAAAGUUCCAGGUUCCUCAGGAGGUUUUGGUAAGGUUCUUGUACUCAGUCAGUAAAGGCUACAGAAGGAUCACCUAUCACAACUGGCGCCAUGGAUUCAACGUGGGACAGACAAUGUUCACUCUUUUAACGACAGGGCUGUUGAAACGCUACUACACUGACCUGGAAGUGAUGGCAAUGAUCACAGCUGGUUUCCUACACGACAUAGACCACAGAGGAACCAAUAACCUCUACCAGGUUAAAUCUGGCAAUCCACUUGCAAAGCUACAUGGGUCAUCGGUUCUGGAGAGGCAUCAUUUAGAUUUCAGCAAAUUCCUGCUUGCAGACGAGACUUUGAAUAUUUUCAUAAACCUCAACAGAAGACAAAAUGAACAUGUCCUCCAUCUCAUUGAUAUUGCCAUUAUUGCCACUGACCUGGCUUUGUAUUUCAAAAAAAGGACAAUGUUCCAGAAGAUUGUGGAUUUAUCAAAAACGUAUGAGGACGAGAAAAAAUGGGUUGAUUGGAUGUCCUUGGAGACAACGAGAAAAGAAAUUGUGAUGGCCAUGAUGAUGACAGCCUGUGACCUGUCAGACUUCGCCAAACCAUGGGAGAUUCAAAGCAAGGUGGCUCUUAAUAUGGCAGAAGAGUUCUGGGAGCAAGGUGACUUGGAGAGGACUGUUCUGGAUCAGCAACCAAUUGCCAUGAUGGACAGAACUAAAGUAGCUGACUUACCCAAGUUGCAGUGUGGUUUCAUCGAUUUCGUCUGCACUUUUGUAUACAAGGAGUUUUCCCGCUUUCAUCCAACCAUCCAGCCAAUGUAUGAUGGUAUUCUGAACAACAGGAAAGAAUGGAAUGCGUUGAAAGAGAUACAUGAGGCCAAGCUGAAGGAAAUAGAGGCUGCUAAUCCCAAAGCUUCUGGUGGUGGCGGAGGAUCCAAGACGUGCUCAAUAUGCUAGAGGUGGAACUAAAGGAUAGGAACGGGACAUUUCGGAGGACCUUACCAUCAUACUUAGUCUGACAAGUCAGGGGUGAGAGAUCAGUCUUUAGCCCCUUUUUGAGAUGAGAAAACAGAAGUGAAAGACAGAGAUGGGCACCACAUGCAGGCGAUGCAGCUCAGCAAAGCCAAUAAACCUUGGCCCAGAGACUACACCCAUCCCCAAGUGGGCCAACUAAGGGUGAUAUCAAUUCAUGCAGCUGGAGAAAGUCAAAGAUGAUGUUGACCCCGC